UUUAAAAGCUAACGUUGGACACGUUCGGAAAGCCCAGUUUUGAACAGUGGUUUCGUGUGGAUCAAAUUCUUUUGUAAAUCAUUACCCUCGCUUCAAAACAACUUGGUGGAACCAAACAGCAUUUGUGGCCUCUUCUGAGAUAGGCAUGAGUCAGUUGGCACACUUCCGUGCGCGGCGAGAUAAAAAAGCGGGCAAGAAUCGACAGUGGGGGACAUUUUAAUCUACUGAACCUGCAUAAUGCACGAGAGCUGGAUGUCAAACAAUCCUGUUUUUUCCCAUCGUUUUCCAAGGAGCAAAUUUACCGGGUGACCUUCCCAGUGAGGACAAAUUGCGCAGUAAAAUCAUUGGAGUCUUUGUCAUGGAGCUUCCGGUCUCUAACACUUCCAACGUCACCGCUGCCUUGGGAACCGAGCCUCUGGAGCCUAUUUUACAAGGGACCGUGGCAUCUUUCGUUAGCGCCUCACUGAUCUGCCUUCUGAUCAUAGGCGCCCUAAUAGCAAACACUUUUGUCUGUUUAGCUGUGUAUAAACAGCGCUCUGCCAGGCGGAUUACACGGUAUUUCAUCAUAAAUCUUUGCCUAGCAGAUAUCUUCAUUACAGUUAUAAGUAUGCCUAUCUGGUUGAUUUUUCUGCUGUAUGACAGUAAGUCAGCUGUUCUAACUCUCGGUGAGACAUUUGUCGAGAUUUGGAGACACGUGGACAUCAUGUGCGGAACAGCCUCCAUUCUGAGCCUGACGUCAAUUAGUGUGGACCGUUAUAUAGCAGUUUCCAGGCCCUACACGUACGUACAGGCGAUAACUACACGAAGGGCGAUGCACAUUAUUGGAGGAAUUUGGGUCUACUCCAUGACUGUUGCCUUGUUGAUCAAACCACUCCGAAAAUAUAAAGGUGGUUACGCCAUAUUUGUCAUGUGUGCAAGCUUCCUUCUUCCCUCAUUAAUAAUCAUUGCAGCUUACGGAAGUAUGUUUCGCGUUGCUAUGCGACACACACGUGGCCUGUCCCGUAGAGAAGAGGAAGAAAGCAAUCAUCACCACUGGCAUAAAGAAAUAAAGAGACACCUCAAAGCUGCUAAGACUGUUGCCUUUGUAAUUGGAAGUUUUUUGUGCUGUUGGGCGCCGUUUAUUAUUGUGAGCGUUUGUUUUGCGUUUUAUACAUUGGAUCCUACCGGAGCGAGUGUCACAAAGUGGCUGGCGUAUCUAAACGCUGUUUUAAAUCCUGUGGUUUAUACCUGCGUUGAUAAACAAUUGAGAAGACUUGUGUUGAAGCGGCUGUCUUUUUGCUUUCGUGGAAGGCUUUGGAUGUUUUUCAAAGAAGAUCGCUUCGCAUACGGUGCGACAGAAAACUCUUCGCCGAUGAGUUAUGUGUAAACAAAAUGUUUUAUAGUACGAUAACAAAUAGAAGAAGAAGCGGGAAAUUAAGACGAUGAUGAUGGAGAGCAACAAUAACAAAAACAGUAACAACAGGAAAAACCAACGACAGUGGGAUACUUGUGAAUAUCUUUAGCAAACAAGGAACGACAUUUUCUGAGCAGUGGAAAAAAAAAAA